AUGUCUGAAUCAUCACUGCCAUCAUUCGCACCGCCGAAGCCGAUUCCAAAUCGCCUGCAAGGGAUUGUAGCGCUAAUCACCGGUGCUGCAGGAAAUAUUGGCUUCGAGACCGCUCGACGAUAUCUUCUUGAGGGUGCAAAGGUCACCCUUGUUGACAUUGAUGAGGAUAGACUGAUUCAAUCCAAAAAGGCACUAUUUGAGGCAUUGAAGGGAUCUUCAUUGAAUGAUCAGCACCCAGAUGAUUUAAUCCUCACUGUACAGGCAGAUGUCACUGCCGAGGAAGACGUCCAACGUUAUGUGAAUGAAACGACCGCAAAGUUCGGCAGCUUGGAUGCUGCUUUGCUCUGUGCGGGUAUCUCAUAUUCCUCUACGAGUAUCCUGGAGACCGAUGUCAAUCAGUAUGAAAAGGUGAUGCAGGUCAAUACCAGAUCAGCUUUCCUUGGUGUUAAGCACUGUGGCCGUGCCAUGAAAGACUCUGGAAAGGGCGGAAGCAUCAUUUUGGUAUCUUCCAUUGCUGGCCUCCGCGCGACACCAGGCCUCUCGGCAUACUCUACAUCUAAGUUUGCAUUACGGGGUCUAUGCCUGACCGCUGCAUCCGAGCUAGGUCAGCACAACAUUCGUGUCAACACAGUUCAUCCGUGCGGAGUCAAUACCCCCAUGUUCCUGGCCACAUGGCCUCCAGAAAAGAUGAAGAGUAUGCUGGAGACUGUACCUCUUGGUCGAUGGGCGGAGGUUACGGAUGUUGCUGCCUUGUGCUCCUUUUUGGCCAGCCCCGAUGCCCGCUUUAUGACUGGCGGAGCUCUCAAGGUGGAUGGGGGUAUCGUGAUGUAUUGA